AUGUUGCAGAGAAAGGGUGUUGGUUCUACAUCAGACAGAGUACUCGAUGCUAAGACAUCGAGACGUUUAGCUCAAAAUAGAGAAGCAGCAAAGAAGAGCAGGCUCAGAAAAAAGGCCUAUGUACAGCAGCUAGAGUCAAGUAGGUUACGGCUCACUCAGCUAGAGCAAGACCUUCAACGUGCUCGGUCUCAGGGAUUGUACUUUGGAGGAGGUGGUGGUGUCUCUGGGAACAUAAGCUCUGGUGCUGCAAUAUUUGACAUGGAAUAUUCAAGAUGGUUAGAUGAUGACCACAGGCUCAUGUCAGAGCUUCGAAUGGGGUUGCAAGCACAUUUAUCUGAUGGCGAUCUCAGGGUGAUUGUAGAUGGUUAUAUUGCCCAUUAUGAUGAAAUUUUCCGCCUGAAGGUAUUGGCUGCCAAAUCUGAUGUUUUCCACCUUAUUACUGGAAUGUGGACUACUCCAGCUGAACGGUGCUUCCUCUGGAUGGGUGGUUUUCGGCCAUCUGAGCUAAUUAAGAUGUUAAUACCACAAUUAGAUCCAUUAACCGAGCAGCAAAUCGUGGGAUUUACAACCUCCAGCAAUCCUCACAACAAGCAGAGGAAGCCCUGA